AUGCGUCUCAAUUGCAACAAUAUCGCCCACAGUUAUAAAUAUACCUCGAGUAUUGGUAUGCUCAUACGGCUGCCCCUGCUGUUCUUUCUGCUGGUCCAGGCCAAACUAAUAUCGUUUGCGCGCGCCGCACCCUACGAGGCGUAUCCCAUAGGAAAGCAGUUCCCCCCAAUCGCAAGAGUAAACGAAGCAUUCAAUUUCCAAAUAUCGAACGACACGUAUAAGUCCAACGCAGACACGGCGUCUCAAAUAUCAUAUACUGCACACAGUCUCCCUGACUGGCUAAGCUUUAGCGGUGAUUCAAGGACAUUUUCAGGUGUUCCUCCAAGUAGUGUGCUGGACAAUGGUGAAAGUGUACCAUACUAUUUCAACAUUGUCUUGGAAGGUACCGACCCGGUGGACAACAUCGCGCUUAACGAGACUUACCAAUUGGUGGUCUCUCAGUCAUCAGAACUGUCCCUUAACGCGGAGAAUUUUGAUCUGCUAAAGUUCUUAGCCCAAUAUGGUAAUACAAACGGGAAGGACGGACUAGUCGUCUCACAGGGCGAGAAUGUGGAUAUCAGUUUUAAAACUGAUUUCUUCAACAACUACGACCAGAUAAAGCAGUUCGCUGGCAGGACUGCGCUGUACAACGCUCCCCUACCCAACUGGAUAUUCUUCGACCCGACUAAUCUGGAGUUCAAUGGCAGGACACCAUAUGUGAACUCUCAGAUAGCGCCUGAAAUAUACUACGACAUGGUGCUCAUUGCUACAGAGAUCGAGGGUUUCAGCAGCUUGGUGAUACCGUUCAACAUAGUCCUCGGCGCGCAUCAGUUAACAACAUCGCUGGCUAACAAAACAAUCUCGCUAGAAGCCGAUAGCAAUGGCAACUUCAACUAUAGUGUGCCCAUGGACACCGUAUACCUGGAUGGUAGUCCUAUUAAAUCGGAGGACAUCGGGUCCGUCUUUAUUGUGAACAACCCAACGUGGGUGCAACUCGCCAAUGAGACGGAAAUCACGGGCCAAGUGUCUGAGAAUGACGACAGUGACUCAAAAAUUUUUGCUUUAGCAAUCGCUGAUAAGUAUGGGGACGUUGUGUACUUGAACUUCAACGUAAACUCUACAUCAGUCAAUAUUUUCAGCAGCUCCUCGCUACCAGAUGUGAAUGCGACUCGAAAUGAAUGGUUUCAAUAUAAGAUUCCGGACUCAAUCUUCACCAACGUAUCCGCUACUAAUGUAUCCGUCACGUUUUCUGGGAACAGCUGGUUAAACUAUCAGUCGGACAACCUAACGUUUAUCGGCUCCGUCCCAGAGGAUUUCGAUUCCAUUCAAAUCGAUGUAAUCGGGAAAGAGAGGUCUAUAAGCCAGACCCUGAACUUUACCAUUCGGGGCAUAGAUGGUAACACAACAACUCACCACAACCACACGUCGUCAUUGAACCAUACCAUUUCGUCACACAGCCAAACAUCGUCGUACCACAACAGUAGCUCUGUUUCUUCCAUCAGAAGCUCCUCCUCAUCCACCGUGUCUUCGUCCUCCAGUUCUAGUUCCUCAUCCAGCCUUGCAUCCACUAGUACCAGUGCAUUUGGGCAACCGCUAAACCUGCAAAAUAAGUCCAAAGGUGCGUCUAAUAAAAAGACCGUUGCCAUUGCAUGUGGUGUCGCGAUACCUGUUGUGGUGAUCAUUGUGUGCUUGGUGAUAUUCUUAUUAUUUUGGAGGCGCAGAAGAGGAGGAGACGCUAACAUGAAAGAUUUCAAUGAUACAGAGAAAAUGCCACAUGCUAUCAGCAAACCCGAUAUCAACAAUCCUGCCAACAAACCAAACCAAAUGCCCGUCACAUCGUUGGAAAACCCAUUCGACGACGGCAGUAACAAAUCGGACGGUAAGUCGCUUGGUUCUGAAACGGAUAGCAGUUUCGAUGGCCAAGAGAAGCAAAACUCCGCACUAAGUCUAAACGAGGGUAUGCUACCUAGCGUAAACAUGAGUUCUUCCAGAGAGCACCUGCUGGAGGAAACAAAGGACAACAGGAAGAAAUCGCAGUUGAUUGAUCCAUUCAACAGGACUUCAUCGUUCUAUAUGGACACCGCUCCCGCCAGUAGACAAUCUUGGAGGCACAAUCCAGAGUACCACGGAUCUGACAAUUUGGGGAGGAGCAACAGGGCUAGUAUGGCUUCUUUGAACACUGUUUCCACGGAGGAGUUGAUGAACACGAAGUUAAAAACGGACGAGCACAUUCCUAAGGAUCCACGUAAGUCAUCAUUGGGUUUGAGGGAUUCUGUUUUCUGGACUAACCCACCGAAUAGCGAUAGCAGCAAUAACAUGAAGACGACCUCAUACCCGAAGGGCUCAUUGAAUACGGUGGUAGAAUUGCCUCAGACGAACCAGUACGGCAUGUCCACCUCCAGCUCUUCGAGUGACGAUUUUGUCCCCGUCAAGGAAGGAGAGGAAUACAAUUGGGUGCAUCGCCAUCCAAACGAGCAAGCGGCAACUGGUGCCGAGAACACUGACAAUAACAACGACAACAAGCUCAACGGCGGCAACGGUAACGGUAACGGAAACACAGUGCCAAUGAGAAAACCUAGCAACAAAAGAUUCGUGCGGCUAUCUACCGGCAGUGGGGUCAACAUAGGUAACGUUAUCGACGUUGAGGGUCACGUUCCUGAACUAAUCUAG